CCAAAAUCCGCUCCCUUUUUUCCUCGCCGCCAACGUUCGCUCUCGCGAUGAGAUGCAUGUCCGCUAACAUUAUCUCUCACUCGAUUAUUUGUUUGCUGUGGUCUUGAAUGCUCAGGAAGCUCUUGACCUUGGAUAUGUCAGGGCUGUCUUGCGCUCAAUGGACUGGACCCGGACACAUGGGAGGGUUGGCACUAUUUUGAGGCGGGUAUCUGCGUUUCAAUUUCUUUGAUGAUCACUUGUCCCCUAGGGCUUCUUGUUGCAGCUUUGGAAUGCAUCAUCUGUUUUACGUCCGUGCAGUAAAAACUUGUGCGGCCUUCACCCUGAUGUCUCCAGCGCCAGCUUUGAUCGGUGCACAGGCCGCGUCUCCCACUAUGAAUCGCGAUUCCACAAGACCCUCAACCCAUGCUCAAGACAGCCCAUCCUCACACCGCAAUGGACUUGAAAAGCAGUCACCACGUCAUGGCCAUAGGAAACUUGUCUUCACAGACCCUGUCGCACUCCGAUACCUUGAAGAGGAUCCCUUAACAGUCGUACUGCAUCGACACUUGAGUUUAGAGGGCUAUGAGAUUUACAUUGUUGAACAAUGGGCAUGCUCAAGGAUUCAUCCGACAUUUAUCAUUACAACAUAUACCGGUGACUCCUCACAUAAGGUGUUUGUUGGCAUCUUAGGUGUUCCUACCGACGAAUCAAUAUGGUCUCCACGGUUGAAAUUAUACUUCAAUGCAGUCAAGAAAUGUCAACUCAGAGAAAAGGAAACUCCCUUAGGUACCGUAAUGGUGACUGAUCUAAAUUCCUUUCCAUCAGGGCUCAGCGUCAUCCCCGUCCCUAAUGGAGAUAUUAUCCGACACAAAGAGGAUUUUAUUGUCAAUGAAAAUCUAAAAAGGCUAGGUUGCGCGGGGCGUGCCGGCCUGAAGCUUCAGCCACCAUCUUCGGCCACUGCUGCCAAGUUCUAUCAACUUUAUCGCACAAGCGAACGAGUGCCUCUCUACAGUGCAGUUAUGGAGCUCGUCAAACAAUGUCAAAUUGCUCUCAUGAUGUUUGGCAAUCUGGCACCAGAAUACGUGGAUGGCCUGCUUUGUGAUAUUACGGAAGCUGCAAUAGGGGACUGGUGGACCGAUAUUGGUAUGGACUUAUUCAAUAUAGAACCAAGUGAUGGCGCUCUUGGCCCGACUACCGCGGCAGCCUUGCUGGGCACCCUAAUGGGAGCCCGUAAUCGGCUUCACGCGUUUGGUGCUCCCGUGGGCAAGGAUGCAUUCGACAUAUCAAACCUCAAACGGGGAAUAGGGAGCUUCCAGAAGUCUCAGAAGAUUAAACGCACGCGCAGACUAGACCGUCAAACUCUAGACCGACUACACCGCGCCACCGCCAAAGCAGCAAACGCCGAAGGCUGGACAGAUGCAGUGAAGUCAACGAUGGCAGAACUCAGUGGACAUGGCGGGGAGAUGGUCAUGGGUAUGGUGCGCGGCCGGGAGAAAGGUAACAUUGCCGAUAUUGAGACACUCGAUAUUGACAAUUUCGCUCAGCUAGUCACUGGUGAAAGAUCCAAGUGGCUGUGGCGGGGAAAGCCACGCAAGAGUGCCAUUGACGACGGCUUUGCUAAUGGACCCCCGGCUGCGGACAUGGUAUUUACCACAGACGAUCAAGGCGGAUAUGUUUGGACUAGUCGAAAGCGGCACUCCAAUGAGGACCUAGCUAUAGACCGUACUUUCCAAGGAUCGGAUCGGAUAUGGAGACAGUCAGAAGCCGCCGUGCCGCCCGAAGACAGAGAUCAGAACCUGAGCAGGAUGGUGAUCAAAGGUGUCAGUGGAAAGGUUUCAGAUGCUCGGAUAGGCUUUGGCAAAUUCAAAGAUGCCGUCGGCUUGCCAGGUCUCCGAUCACAUCUACAGAAGCAGCUAAAAGAUGGCGUUGACUUGGGAGCUGAGGUUGCACAAAUUCCUUCAACAGAGAGCGACUUGGAAGUACCUCAAUUGAGGAAAACCCCCGAGACCAGCAUCCAAUCUGAAUACGAGAAGGCACCUGCGAUCGAGUCUCAGACACAGAAUGAAGAUCUGCAAGUUGAACCGCCGUUGAGUCCCCUAGCCCAAAAACCGUCCGAGCAAAUAACCCCGGCAAUUACAGUGGACACUGCUGCUUCCAAUGAUGAUACAGAUGUGUCGCGCAAAGGAUCUUUACUGCGAAUGGAUGAGGAGCUUUUGGAUCUGAAUCCAACAAAAACACGAUCCACCGAUGCCUCCGCAGAGCGAGAAGGAAGUACGGCGUCUGUAUCCGGUGUGAUGGCUUUACGCCGGCCUCAAAGCUGCAUCGAACUUAGUUUCAAAGAUGACUACGAGCGCAGAAAUAGUUAUUGGCCUCGCCAUCUAUCCUUUAGCACAGUCGAAGAAGUCGUCUUAGGCCGGGAAGAAUUAGGAGAGGAUACACUCUACGAAAGAACCAACGCCACCCUCGAAGAAGCUAUCCUUCGUGAAGACCUACUAGCCUCCGAUGCGCAAAUCUCUAGCUCUCGGAUCCAAAACCUCAAAUUGCAUACUGUUCCUUGGGUUGAAGAUCAGGUAUCUUCGGUUGACAGACUCAACCGAAUUUUGUAUGAAACCCACGAGAAACUCAACGGAUCCUAUUUAGAACGAUUUGAACUAUACCAGCAAGUCAGAGAACAAUCCAACGACCUUCUGGGUGAAGAACAUUCAUACCUCACAGAUCAUAUGAGACAAGUCGAGAUGCUGGGCGCAAAGCUGGACUACGAACUCCACGCACUCGAGUCUAAAGUUGAAGAUGUUGAGGCUGGACUUGGGGAAGUUGAACGGCAUGUUGAUGAUAUAGAGACAAGGAUCAAAGCACUAAUACGUGGAGAGGAAGACAAACAACAUAAUUCGUGGGUGUGUUGGUUAAAAAGAAUGACCGGUUUCGCAACACAAUAAAUAGUCUUGACUUUUCUGGUAAUUGUCAAGAGCAGUCAUCGGUACGCUCCUGUAUAUAUGUGUAUCAAUUAUAUUGUACAUAAUUCCUGGAAUAGAUUGUCUUUUAUUAACGUCGAGCACACAACGUAGAGAACUUCGAUAACAGCUGCGCGCCUCUACCGCCAGAAGAGGGUUUGAAAUGGAAGUCCCCCUCCCCGGAAGAAUAUUGCCCAGAACACAGUCGCAGUGUUCAAAUCCCACCGGCAAGUAUCAAAGAUUCCGGAUCCGCAAGGGCAAACGUAGCCCAACCUCAAUGAGAGAAACAGUAUCAGGCAACCUCCCGUAUCUUGGAGAAACGACAACAAAC